AUGGCAGGUUCUGGUCCUGCCGUAGCUGUUCAGGAAUUCAUCCAGGACUUUUCAAAGUCGCAAGCACAAGUGACUCAACUUUUGACGUUUAAUUUCCUUCUUCUUGGUAUUGGUAACAUAUUCUGGGUGCCAUUUGCCAUGAAAUUUGGCAAGAGAGCAUCUCUUUUGGUGGCCAUGGCCUUGCAGCUUGGCACUCUGAUUUGGUGUGCGCUCGCCCAAAGCUUCGAUAGCUUGCUCGCUGCUCGAAUAGUUCUUGGCUUUGUUGCCGCUGCUGGAGAGAGCAUUGUACCCGAAAUAGUCGCAGAUCUCUUCUUCCUCCACGAACGGGCCACGAUGAUGUCUAUAUAUGUUAUAUUGAUCGCAGGGGGAACCGCUAUUGGCCCUCUCAUCGCCGGCUUUAUGGUUCAAUCGACUGCCAAAACAUGGAGGAGUUACUUUUGGCUUUGCGCCGGCUUGGCCGCUGUGAACCUCGCUCUUCUUUUCUUCUUUUGCCCAGAAAGCAACUUUCACCGACCCAAUAUCGAACAUGGCAGACAAAUAGAAACGGACCUGGCUAGAGAUGACGAGGUGGCUGAAAAAUCGAGUUCUUCCUUUUUCGAAACCGUGUCCACAGAUGCCCCGAGGUACACAAUUCAUCUCUUGCCAUUCAAGGAACGCCUUUCCUUGACUCGAUAUGAUACCAGCAUAUCCUUUUUGGAAGCCUUGAUUAACCCUCUGCGGCUUUUACGUCACCCAUCUGUGCUUUGGGCUAUCUAUGCAUAUGGAUGUUCCCUCAGCCCGCAGAUUAUAUUGAUAUUCACCAUGUCCAGCCUCCUUGAUUCUCCUCCAUACAAUUUUUCGUUGGGAGAUAUAGGUCUCAUGGAGAUAGCGGCGAUAAUCGGCUUCAUGAUAGCUUGUUUUGGUGGCGGGUACAUGUCCGAUACCAUCACACUAUGCAUCGUCAAAAAAAGUGAAGGCGAUAUUCGGCCUGAGCAACGUCUUGCCUCGUUGCUUCCUGGAAUGCUGAUUGCCCCAGCUGGGUGCAUUCUCCUUGCCUUUGCUUGCCAGAACAAACUCAGCUGGGUUGCAAUAGCCUUUGGAUUUGGGAUGGUUUCUUUUGGAGAGGUGUACACACCCAACAUCGCCCUUACCUAUGUCGUUCAUCGUCACCAGAAACAUGCUGCCCAGUGUCUCGUUCUCAUUAACAUUUUUAAAAACGUUCUCGCUUUCCUAUUCUUAUACGAGGCUGUUCCCUGGGUCACCUCCCAGGGAUUUACUCAGGUUUAUAUGAUAAUGUUCAUGUUAAACGUGCUUACACUAUUGCUGGCUGUGCCCUUGUACUUCUAUGGACACCGGGAGCGGGAAUAA